CAGCCGGCGGACCGUGCUGCGCGCUCAACAGCCGCGGCGGUGACCUGGGGUCGGGCGGACACCUGGUCUGAGGCAGAGCGGUGACCUGAGGUCAGGCGGCGGUGACCUGUGCCGGUGCCGGACGGCGGAGUCUGAGCGCCCUCGGGCGGCGGGGGUGUGCUGAUCGCCGUGAUUCCAGCGGGAGUCCUUGGCCAGGAGUCCAGCGGUCAACUGACGGCGCGACAGCUGACUGCUGCUCCGGGCAACGGUGAGGAGGGAAACACCGAAAGUUCACUGUGGUAAAUGCCCGCUCGUUGGCCAGUCGCAACAAGACGGGCAGCAGUGCCAACCUGGUAUUAAGCGGUAAUCCCGGUCACAGCCAGCAGCCGCCAGCGUCCAAACGGAAAACCCACGACAUUCGAUACCACUGACUGUACUUAGCACGGCCAUAGCGGCCCGCUCAGACCGUUCUACCCUGAAGCUGAUCCCCGAGCCAGUCAACACAUCUCCGUGACCCCGCGACCCCACCAGAGCGGCGGCCAUGAGCAGCGCGCGCGUGCAACGAUCCGACUUCGCCGACUUCCAAUACCAGGAGGCUGUGGGCCGGCUGCGGCUGCUGCUCACAGACUGCGGCUUCGGCAGCGGGCGCGGCUCCGACGCAGGCAGCGUCUGCUCAGUCAGACAGCGCGGCCCCGCCGCCCGACCGGAAUUGGCCCGCUUCCGGUCAGAGAACAUCGGCUUCUCGUCCGAGCUGACCGGCUUCCGACCGGAAAUGACUAGCUUCCGAAUGGAGCUGAGCAGUUCCCGUCCGGAACUAUCAACCUUCCGACCGGAAACGAGCAGCUUCCGACCGGAACUCUCCAGCUUCCGGCCGCGCAGCGCGCUGGCGCAGCCGUCUCGCCGGCUCGAGACGCUGGGCCUCGGCUCAGCCUCGCUUCGCGCCGCCUCGCCCCUGUCGGUGCGCUCGCUGCGCCACGCGGAGCCAAUCCGGGACGGCGUGGACGGCGGCGGCGGUGGCGGCCGCGCCGAGGAAUUGCUGGCGACCCAGCCGGACGCGGCCCCCACCGAGCGAUCCCAGAUGACCGAGCUGCGCCAGUACGCGCUGCGCCAGGCGGAGCUGACGCAGCAGCUGGAGCAGGAGAACGGCCACCUGCGCGAGAUGACGGAGGAGCUGCGCCGCUACGUGCGCGAGCUGGUCACCGAGAACGGCGCGCUGGCGGACGACCUCAGGCGGCGCGCGACGGCCGAGCGGGCCGGCUCGGAGACGUCGGAGGGCGGCGACGCCCGGCUGGAGGCGUGUCGGGCCGAGGUCGAGCGGCUCAGCCGACAGAUCGUGGAGCACGAGGAGCAGCUGAACGCCGUGCAUGCCAGGCAGCUGCACCAGCUGCGCGGCGAGCGUGACCAGCUGGUCGAUAGUGGCAACCAGCUGAAGGCGAGCCUGGAGGAGCGACGGAAGCGCGAGGAGCUCGCGUCGCAGAGGGCGGCUGAGAGUCAGCAGGCGGCUGAGCAGGCACGACUGGCCAGCGCCCAGGCGGAGAACACGGCGGCUCAGCUGCGACGAGAGCUGGAGGAGCGUGAGCGGCGGGCGGACCAGCUGGUGAUGGAGCACCAGCGCCACCUGAUGGCCGCCAGGGAGCAGGCUGAGCAGGCAGUGCGGGCCACCUUCGACAAGCUACGCGGCAAUCUGGACCGGCAGGCCGAGCAGAUCGCCGAGAUGGAGGCGGAGCAGCAGCGCCACGCGCGGCAGGUGGCGGAACUACGCGCGGAAGUGCAGCAGCAACAGCAGGCGGCAGCGCAGGCCCGGCUGGACGCCGACAGCGCCGCUUCGCAGCAUCGACAGGAACUAGAGCUGCUUCAGCGGCGCUCCCAGAUGCCCGCGGCGGAGUGGGCGGGUGGCGAGCGACUACGGACGGAGCUGGAGGCCGUGCAGCGGAAGCUGGCGGCCAGCGAGGCGCAGCUGGCCAGCGCGCAGCGCGAGCGGGGUCGGCUCCAGCAGCAGGUGAGGCUAAUGGAGCGCAAGCCGGCCGUCGUGAGGGACAUCGUGGACCCUGGUCAGCUGGAGGACGGCAUGAAGAUGCCGACACGGGAGACGAAGCUGCAGAGCCUGAUCGCCUCGUCACGUGCCUCCGGCAGCGCUCCGGCACAGCAUCAGGCGCCGGAGUGGUCACAUCAGCGGCCCCCACCGACCAGCGGCCGAGCAGAGGAGCCGGGCCGCGGCUCGCUGAGGAAGGCAUCGUCCAGCGGCCAGCUGCAGCAGGGAGGGGCGACACCACAGCUACAGCUGCAGAGGGGGGCAUCCAGCGGGCAGCUGCAGAGGAGAGGAGCCGGCGGGCAGCUGCAGAAGGGAGCGGCUGACGGACAGCUGCAGAGGGGACGGACAGGUGGACAGCUGCUGCCAAAACGGGAGGUUGCCGCCGUCAGCGAGGAACGACUGGAUGAAGAUGCGCUGUCGGAGCAGGAGCAGGAGCGGGAGCUUUUAGGACAGGAACAGGAGCAGGAGCCGGAGCAGGAGCAGGAGCAGGAGCAGAAGCAGCAACGGGAGCCUGGGUCAGCGGAGGAACAGGAAACUGACGUGAAGUCAGAAAAAGAGAUGGAGAUAACGCCAAACAAAGAGCGGGAGCAAAAGCCAACGCCAGAGCAGGUGCCGAAGUCGGAGCGGACAAACGAGCCGACGGCAAGCGAGGAACAGGAGCUGAACACACCAAACCAGCCGCAGAAAAAUGACGCGGAGCCAAAGCCGGAACAGGAGCCGGAGCGAGAAGACAAGCCGAAGAACGGCGACGUCGAAAGCGCCCCGGACAGGGCAAAGCCCGGCCAGCCCAGCUCCAAGCCCGAUGCCGAGACAGGCGACGUCGACCGGGACGAGACGGAGCCGGACGGACACGGCCCCGGGCAGCAGGGGGCGGACCGGGCGGCCUCGGGCGCUGGGCAGCCUCCAGAGGUCGGCGCCAGCCAACAGGACAGCUCGUAGCACGACGAAGAAGGAGCGGAGGAGGCAAAGGGCGCGGGAAGGCGAUCCGAGACGCCCCGGGUAACUGGCGGGUCACUGGCUAGUCACUGGCGGGUCACCGUCAGGUCACUGGCUGGUCACUGGCGCGUCACUGGCGCGUCAGUCACGCCACUGUGGGUCACUUGGCUCGGAGCGACACCCUACCGUUGCGUGGCGAUGCGUGUCACCUUGGUAUGUGCAACAGUGCCGUUUAGUUCCGUUCCUUCACGAAUCGUUCCAACGCGUGUAUUAUUGUCCGAUUCGAGCCAGCUUGACAGGGCACUGGUGGAGCCGCGUCAAGAGACAUGUGAUGACAAGAGACGAUAUAUGACAGCCAACCGCUGUCAGGUCACCGCAUGCCAGCUGGUAGGCGGAACGCUGGGUCAUCCUGGAGUCCCUGCAUACCGCUGCGCUCAGUUCCCGCAGACUCGCAGAAGUCACCGCGUUUCCGUGUGACGCCAUCGCGUCUCCGUUUGACGCCAUCGCGUCUCCGUAUGAGGUCAUCACGUCUCCGUCUGAGGUCAUCGGGUCUCCGCGUGAGGUCACCACGUCUCCGUGUGAGGUCAACGCGUCUCCGUGUGAGUCAUCGCGUCGUCGCCACCGCGGACGAGUCCAUCCCCCCUCCCUCCCCCGCCGCCUUCUAGUACCGUGAUGGCAGACUGGUCAAACAACGCUGUGUGAACAUUGGGGUCGGCCUGGUAAUGACUAAUGUGGGGUGCGAGCGACCCGGUCCGUGGCGACAGGAUCCGCCUGUGCAGGAGAUGUUCCACAGCUGUGCACUGCCGUCAAAUACAUGCUGCACCACUGUC